AUGCGUAAUUAUUUCCCGACCCCUCCCCUUUUGAAACCCUACUUCUCCAGCUUUGCAAACAAGAGCAAACAACAGCGAUGGCAAUGUGGAAGGCGUUUGUUGCUGGAUCUGUGCGACUAUUGAUGGUCAGUGUUGGUUUAGCUUUUGCCCUCCUCUAUAUAGCGGGAACUAUCAUCACGCACCCUCUUACUGCCCUCAGGAAGAAGAAAAGAGACAUACCUCCAUCAUGCCUUCAAGACACUAGCCUUGGUUCCCACCAGUACGUCACAGCAAACGGCAUCAAGUUUCAUUACGUAUCGGCAGGAGACAACUCUAAGCCACUGAUGCUACUUCUCCACGGUUUUCCUGAGUUUUGGUUCUCCUGGCGUUACCAGUUGAAGGCUUUUUCUAAGGACUAUCAUGUUGUUGCCAUUGACAUGAGGUCAGUUUUCAUCACAACAUAACUCCAAAUAUUUUAUGACAAGGUUAAUGUAAAAGCGUAAAUGCUGGCGUCUUUACUGGGCUACCUCAAAAAAAUAAUAUAGUCAUGCAUCUUGCUCCCGAUCUCAUGCCUGUUAGACGGUGACAAUGGUGACUAGUGUGUAAGCAAAGAUAGGCAGAAAGGUAGAGAGAGAGAAAAAUCAGAUCUGCCACAUCCUGUAACUCUAAAUGUUUUAUGGCAGGGGAUAUGGAGAAACGGACAAGCCACCAAACAAGUUAGACUACCGCAUUGAGCUGCUGGUACAAGACAUUGCUGAGCUGAUCCCUGCCCUUGGCCACUCCUCCUGUGUCUUGUGCGCUCAUGACUGGGGUGGAGGAGUUGCGUGGUUUGUUGCUAUGAAGUAUCCCGAGCUGGUGGAUAGGCUUAUUAUCAUGAAUUGUCCUCAUUUUAAGGUCUUUCAACAGAACUUACAGAGAAAUUGUGGGCAGCUCUGCAAGUCGUGGUACAUGUUCCUGUUUCAAGUGCCAAAGGUGCCAGAGUUUCUGCUCUCAAUGAGUGAUUACUCUGCCAUCCGGAAUACCUUCACUGGAGCACAACAGGGAGUGAGGAACAGAGCAUCAUUUCCUCCAGAGGUUGUGGAAGCCUACAAGUACACCUUCUCCCAGCCUGGAGCUCUGACUGCCCCUAUUAACUACUAUCGCUGCCUCCAUGAGGCCCGUGACGAUAUGAAGCCCUAUUUGAACCGGAAGAUUAACAUGCCCACAAUGAUCAUUUGGGGCGAUUGCGAUAAAUUUCUCUCAUGUGAGAUGGCUGAUCAGCAUGACAUGGUGUGCAGUGAUCUCACUGUCAAGUAAGCUAUAAUAUACGCACCAUAUGUUCACUAUGUACCAACCUGUGUGUUCUACCAGAUAUGUGCCAAUGUUAGGUGCUUGGUGAUUAGUAUACCUACUGACUGCUCUGCUCUUUAAUUAUGUUAGCCAUAAGACGGUUAACAAUAGCAGCUUGGAUGUAUUAUAGGAAGAAGAAGUA